AUGGUGACGACUAUCGUUCUUUUUCUGUUUUGGGGCUCUAUAUUAGAAGUAUCAGGAAAGAUUCACGUUGAGGUGAGCUCAAAAAUUGUGUUGACUUUCAAUUGAAGAUUUAAUCCCCUACUAGUCGUCGGUUUGUAAAUUAAGCGUAAGCCUUAAUGUUAAGCAAUGAAUCUUUCGGUAUUUAUGCGAUUUUCCCGCUCGUAACGAUUCAAACUGAAAUGGGCAAAACUUGUAAACAAAGUUCAUAUCAGUUGGCGAAACCUCUAAGACCAUUAAGCUUAAUUUACUCUGAAUAAAGCGACAUUAGUGAAUGCAGACUGAGCAUCAACCAUACCAGUCAAAGCUGGACAAGAUCACAUCCCGUUUGUUUUAAGUUUAUAAUGUCAAUUCAAGCUUAAAAUUCUGUACUUUCUAUUACAGCGUUCAGGAAUCUUGCCAGUAAAUUCAAAAAGUUUUGGAAUACAGUUUUGUAAGUAUAACUGCAUGGUAUUACUGAAGUUAAUAGAAAACACUUACUACUAAAAACAAACCAGUCAACAAACUCUUGCGGUUUUAUCUACAAUUCUACAGACAUUACACUUGCGAACGAUGCAAGAAAAUCGCUCACAGUAACACCAAAUACACCGCGUUGCUGUUGGCGAGUUGACAAAAAAGACUUGGAUUGCAAGGUUGGAAUACUAUUAAUUAGUCGAUCUCUGGUACUACAAAACCUAGGUCUACGCGAAUUUAUAUUUUCUUCAAGGAUUCAAGCUUGCAAGUUUUAAACUUUUACCAGUACUUUUUAACAGUACUUUGUCUCUUCCCAGUCGAUGGAACUUGUUGGAGGAAACGAAAUGACACUGUCUCCGUCAACAACAGGGAACAUUAGUUACGUAUUUCCAAACAAAGUAAGUUAAAUAUGCGUAUAUUUUCAUCUCAGAAAUCUUGGACACUAACGAACGGCUCGGCUGACAGUUUUCAGAUUUUUCACUCGCACUGUUGACAAAAAAUGUUGGAUACAUAUUGUACGGACGGCUUGUUUUGCGUAAAUCCCAAAUGGCAUAGAAAACAAAAGAAAACUUUAAAGUUCUUUAUUUAACAUUUAAUAUUUAAAAGUAUUAUUGGUUUUGAAAACUUAGCAUUAAAAUUGCAGUUAAAAAUCAUUCGUCAAGUUGGAUAGCGGCUAGACCAACUACUUUCGGCGGCUCGGAAUUGUAGCAAUGUUUUAUUCUGCGGUUGUUCGUUAACUCAAUAAAACGGCUCUAAGUGAAAACUUUGCUCAAUCAAUUUUAGUACCCGAUGGAUAGAGUGGGAAGCUGUGACUUUACAUUUGUUACUGGAGACAAGAAGCUACAUCAUAAAGUACCAUUCAACACUACAGAACCGAAAAAGGCAUCAUGGCUAGACGGUAAGUUUUAAUUCAGUUUAAUAUUUACAUGUGUUAGUGGAGCUUUAGCUUUCAGGCUAUGCAUUUUGCAAAAAAUGAGUUUCGAGUUUCCAUUAUUUAUCUAUGACUGAUAAGGAUUUCAAAUACAAAUUUGAUCACCUAGUCAAUUUAUCUAUUCUAAUAAAUAAGUACACUAGUCAACCGGUCACUUCUUUCCAGUCCGGACAGAACUAUUCCUAGUCUAUUACAGGGUUAAUUUACCCAACUCCUACUACUAAAAUAAGAGGUAUGGACCACAUAAGGCUUUGUUAAUACUACCAUUUAACCGGGUGGAGGAUUUGAACUCGGGACUACCAUGAACAAAUCCAGCUUGUUGUCAUGGUGGGAACUGAUUUCGGGGCCCUACUUCCUCAAGGGUUCCAUGCUUAUAGCACUUCAGUGUGUCGGUGUAUGUUGCUUGCCUUACUAUAAAAGCCGUGUACUAAACUGUAGAGAGAAUUUCUGGCAUUCUCGACUUUUAAUAUUGACUUAUUUCUUACAGUUAUUGGCUUUGGAGGAGACAGUUACAGAAAAUGCCGAGGCGUUGAUCGGGUAAGUAAUGGAAAUACCGUAGACUUCCGAUUAUAAUAAGCCCCUUUCUCCCCCCCCCACCCCCUUAUAACCUCCCAUUUAUAUGCCCAUCUACCUGUGAACAAAGAAAUAUUUAUCCGGUUAAAAGCCCCCUUCUAGCUCGUAUAAAAAUGACGUUUUGAAGCUUACAGAAGCGAUCAAAAAUAUUGUGAUAAUCUGACUGUUAUGAAGUUUGUUUUGAGACACUUUUUUUUCAUCAAGCUAUAAGUUUCCCGCCCGAAUAUUCAAGGGCUGCUAAUUAAAACCCCUUACUAAGAUAUAUAAGCCCACGGCUUAUAAUUAGAAGUUUACGGUAUUGCCUUGUUUAGAGCCCUGUGUAAUUCACUCAGUCGCAAAGGCAUAAUUAGUAUCAUAAAGGUUUGGUUAAAUAAGUUCCGACAAGUCUCAAACAUUACACGUCUCAUCGCCCAAUGAGCUAAAACAUUAAAUUUGUUCAUUCAAUGCUGUAACACGGACACAUGUAAAGUUUGACGUCUGAGAUUGAUCUAUAAUAGUAAAUCCCUAUCGUAUAAAAUGGAAUGAUCUGCUGAGUUUCAGGCAACAUCAGAGAAACAUAAAGGGGCGUAGAAUCGGUUACCAUAUCGGCCGUGAAAGAUUUGCUUACGACAUGAAAAAUUCGACACCUUUGGCACAAAGGUCACAAAGGUAGAAUAUGAAGCAUACAAGCCCUCAUGGUAAGAACUGUUUCCGUUGAGGGAAAAUGCGAUUUACCUGUCACCUACCACAUGCUGGCAAAACGAUUAGCGAAUUGACAUGCUAUACGAGGAAGAAAGCUCUGAUUCAGCUUCUCCUUGAAGAAAGGUGGACUGACAGUGCCUGGUCGUUUUAUGUCUUCUUUAGGAUCCAAGAAAAAACUGUCAACCCGUAGACUGUGUAGAAAAGUACAAUGGCUGGAGAAACUUUUUCAGGAACUCCACAGGAAAAUGCGAAGCUGUGCACGAAUGUUACACAACAGGGAAGAAAGGGGAAUUACCAGAAAUUGUAAGUUAUUACUAAUGGGAUGCUUUAAAGGUAUUUUCUUUUUUUGCUUUCUUUUCUCGACCCACUGACUCCUAGAUCGAUCUUAGACGCUUUGCGAAAAAAAGAAAUUCUGCAACAAGUAUAUCCAGAAGUAAAAGCGAAGCAAAAUAACCCAUCUUUACUUUUAGUGUAUGUUCGUUUUCUUUUCUACCCGUUUUUCUCUUCCAUUCCUCCUUUUCCUUCUGCUAAGCUUUUACUAGACGUAAUCAUGGUAACAUUUCAACUCAGAAUCUGAAGAACAUGAAACGUUUUUACAACAAUUUGGCAGAAGAAAGGGGUACCAAGUACAUGUUGUAUUUUCCUUCAAAUUAGAUGCGAGUAGUUUCUCAAGUUUGUCGCAUCUGCUCUUUCGCUAGCUCCUUCCAGUCUUGUCGUGACAGCUCAGUGCACUUGAAAAUGAUACAAAAGAUACCGUAAGCAAUCUCACUAUAGUAUUUGUUUUACUAUAAAAUAAAAAGAUCUCUCCUGUCUUUUCUGAAAGAGCAGGCUGCUUUUAACGAACACUUACAAGUACAGAUGUUACAAUAAAACAAAAAAAUUAGAACUAUUAUUUCUGAUUAUCUCUUGUUUUUAGUUAGUGCAUGUUGAAGCUGAAAGUAUAUUUAAAAAGCACUAGAAAACAGACAAGUAUACGUGCGCCAUAUGUGCUGAAAUUAGUAUUACAUUGAUAGGCUUUUGACAAGGACCACAAUGACUGUAAGAGUUUAGUGAGUGCUGAACUAACAAAAGAACAGAGAAAACAGAUUCAUGACAACAUGGACAAGAGCAAAUUAGCGCAGAUGAAGUUCACGUUGGAAGACAUCAAAGACAUCAAUCCGGUAAGCUGACAAUUUUUACCAACGCAUCCACAAAACUAAAAAAUAUAGAUCAUGAAAUCUUUGUUUUGCUUUGAAUUUUUUUGAAAAAAUGUUCUAAAAGCUUAAAGAGGAAACAAUUCACAGAGUUUAAAACAGCUAAUUUUCUCUCUAGAUUUUUUAAGACCUGAGUGUUAAUCUUUCGACUGCAUAAUUAUUUACCUACUACAAACAAAUCUUUUACUGAGGAAAAACACGGUUCUUAUCUUUUCGAAUUAAAAAAAUUUUUAAGUUUGUUCUAGUGCUGCAAUUUUGCGAGGCUAAUUUUUAGUCACGAGAAACAAGUGUUAGAUAGUCAAGGUGCCAUCAUUCUAGUGUGGAAGGAAUUUAUUAGUCAACUUUUUCCUUGACUUUUUAUUUGUUAUAUGCAGAUUAAAUUGUAAUGCCAUCUAUAAAAUUCAUGCAAGUUAAUUGCUUACUUUUGAAUGACAGGUGCCACUCAACUGUCACCAUGGCCGCCGAGUUGGUUCAGUAUGUGUUUGCAAUGAAGGUUGGAAAACAAAAACAAACAAUGUGCCUAAGAAAGACCUCAGGUUCAUUUAUGAUUGGUGCAAUGUGAAGAUCAAGAAGACAAAGUACUCUGCCCAAAGAGCUCUGCUGCUUACUGUAUCCUUCACUAAACAUUAGGGAGUUCUCAGUUUGAGCAACAUCGAUGAGAAAGGCAACGAGGGCGGCAAAAAAAGCAAUAGGGAUGUAAAGCAAACAACAACUUUGCUCGUGCAUCACACUUUCCGUGUAUAUUUCUUUGCCGCUGCACGACUUUGACGUAAAACUCCCUAGUUUCACGUUUUAUGUUGAACAUGAAAUUAAGACGACGAUUUUCAUUUUCUUUUUCCUUACACUGAACAGGCCUUUAGAAUUUAACGCCCGAAAAAUUCGUCAACAUUUGAAAAUCUGAACAAGAUGAAACAUCACGAAUGUAAACCACUCAAGUAUACUGUCUCGUUUAAGUGAGAGCCUUGAGUCUCAAGCAUAGGUUUUAUAUAUCCUUACAAACUAUAAUAAAGAACACCGGUAUUUUUUUUUUAGAAUUCCCCUGUGGAGAUGUGUAACUCUCUUUAUCACAAUCGUUUCUCUCUGUUACUAAUCUUAACUAACCAAUCAGGGCUUGGGCCUCGUUGGUUUCACCCUUUUGAUUGGCUGGGUGAUUAUCAUAUGGAGUUGCUUUAUCACUGGGACCAGGCUUCACUGGGACAAUCACGAAUCGUGGAACAUCAGCAAUUUCCUUCGGCCAUUUAAAACUUUAUGUAAGUUGUCAUAGUAGACGAAUCUAAUUCAUCUUACUAAUCUUGUAUCUAGAAGCCCCCCGGUACGAACACGAGAGAGAUUGGUUCCCUACUACUAAACGUAAUACAGUCAACUUUCUAUUAAUAGACAACUCCAUAAGAUGGACAUUUCUCUAAACGGACACCUAGAAUUGGUCCAUUCCUUUCUUCACUCCUUUAAGUUGACUCUUUAGAAGACGGACACAUAGUUAGGCUCGAUUACCAGCCGCUGUUCAGGAAAUGAGCCCACGCUACUCCUCUCUCCUCUCUUCUCAGGGAGAACCGAGAGAGCGGCGGAAAUCUAACCUAACACAUAGUGCCGGUCUCAAAGGUGUACUAGCGUCUUAGGAGGGUCGACUUAAUGCUCAAAAUCCUUAUUCAGCGUUGCUUGGUGAUUUACAGGGUACUAUGUGCGAUUGCAAGUGACGACGUGGUGGCGAAGAAACCAACAUGGCUUUGUGCAUACAUCUUAUGAACCAAAAACUGACAACGAACUUCGUUUGAAGAAAGGACAGAUUGUAGAAGAUAUUGUAAAGAUUGACGAAGAAGGAUUGUACGAGGUAAGAAGUGGCCAGAAGCAUCAGCUUAAGAAGCAGACUGGUACGACAUUUAUUUGAGUUUUGCAGUAAGUCACACAGGGACUUAAGGAAAGAAAAUAAAUGCUAUUUUUACUUCGUCUCUUUCCAUGCAUGACAGCCUGCGCGCCUCAAUCUAAUUCCGAUCUUCUCUCAUUCCGAAAAUAAUUAUAGUCUGUACUAUUGGGGAGGGGGGGCGGCUGUAUACAGGCUAGAACACAAUGAAACUAGUUGGUCAAAGAAACCUAUAAAACAAUUUUUUGCCAAGAUCUUCUCGCGUGGUACGUAUGCUCGUGGGGUUGGGGGAAGUAGCGUCGAGAAAGAACCAUUUUGUGUUGCCCGGGUACAUACUAGAUGCAAUACCUCUUUUCUGAGCUUUUCCUUUUUCAUUCAAGCCCCACCCUGCAUUCCCUUUACCCAAAGGGGUAGUUAGAUUCAAGAGGCUAGGAGUCACGUUAUAACAGGAAUGAUCUCUGAUGUAUUAUCUCCCCAGGGAACAUGUGACGGUGUGCGAGGAUACUUCCAUCAGAGCUAUGUCACUGUCAAGGCCAACGAAUCUUAA